AAAACUAAUUUUAUUGAAAGGAUGCAGAUUAUGAAGUAAACCUACAACAGUUAUAAACAAAAAAUUUGAUGCAAUGUAAAAUGCAUUGUUGAUAUGCUAUGUAGAAGUUUGACUGCCUUGCAUCAGUUAAAAAGGUUUGCAAGUCAAAGGAGUGUUGUUACAUCAGCCCCGGUUCGCGUGUUUUCUUCCUUUUACGGCCACGAGGAUCAAAGGCCGGACAACAUGGCGGAUACGAAAAGCCCUAUUGUCGAGAAUGGUCAAGAAAAGCUCAGUAAAAAUGAGCUUAAAAGAAGAAUGAAAGCUGAAAAGAAGGCAAAAGAGAAAGAGGAAAAGUUGGCAGCAGCAGCAACCAAUGAUAAGGUCACUGAUAAACCUGCAAAAGUGAAAAGUAAUGAAGAUGCUGAAGAAAACUUGGAUCCUAACCAAUACUACAAAAUCCGAAGUCAAGCCAUCAAUGCUCUAAAGAAAGCUGAUGAUAGUCCUUACCCACACAAGUUUGAUGUUUCAUUAUCUUUGAAGAAUUACAUUGAAAAAUAUGACCCAAUAACAAAACCCGGAGAGUUUCUUAGUGAUGUAGUGAGUGUAGCAGGUCGUAUCCACGCAAAAAGAGCAUCAGGUCAAAAAUUGAUCUUCUACGAUCUUCGUGGCGAAGGAGUGAAACUUCAAGUAAUGGCUGACGCAGGAUCUUCAAAGCAGGAUUUCUUCCAAGUUCACGGAAAGAUCAGACGUGGUGACAUUAUUGGUAUAAAGGGAAGUCCAGGUAAAUCAAAGAAAGGCGAGCUGAGUAUUCGGCCGAGUCAUGUGACACUGCUUGCCCCUUGCCUCCAUAUGUUGCCACACUUGCACUUUGGUCUCAAGGACAAGGAAACAAGGUUUAGACAAAGAUACUUGGAUCUGAUUCUGAACGAACAUGUGAAGAACAAGUUUGUCGUCCGCAGCAAAGUCAUUAAUUAUGUAAGACGAUUUCUGGAUAGUUUUGGUUUUCUUGAGGUUGAAACGCCGAUGAUGAACAUGAUUCCGGGAGGAGCAACAGCCAAGCCGUUCAUAACUCACCACAAUGACCUCAGCAUGAACCUGUUCAUGAGAGUGGCACCGGAGUUGUACCUCAAGAUGCUGGUUGUUGGUGGUAUAGAUAGAGUUUAUGAAAUUGGGAGACAAUUUAGGAACGAAGGUAUUGAUAUGACUCAUAACCCUGAGUUCACAACCUGCGAAUUUUACAUGGCCUACGCGGACUACAAUGACCUAAUGCAGAUCACAGAGACUAUGGUUUCAGGUAUGGUUAAAUCGAUAACUGGAGGGUACAAAAUAACAUAUCAUCCUGAAGCAACUGACAGUGACAAAGGCAAGGCGGUAGAAAUUGACUUCACUCCUCCAUUUAGAAGGCUAAACAUGCUGAAAGAGUUGCAAAAGGCUCUAAAUGUCACUUUCCCAGAUUUUGACUUAUCAAGCCCAGAGGCUAAUAAAUACUUUGAUGCACUAUGUGUGAAGAAUAAUGUUGAGUGCACAUAUCCACGAACUACAGCUAGACUUUUAGACAAGCUUGUUGGAGAGUUUUUAGAAUCACAGUGUUUGAACCCAACAUUCAUUUGUGAUCAUCCACAAAUUAUGAGUCCUCUAGCUAAAUGGCACAGAGAUGUGAAAGGGUUAACAGAGCGGUUUGAAUUGUUUGUUUGUUAUAAAGAAAUUUGCAAUGCUUACACUGAGUUGAAUGAUCCUGCUGUGCAAAGAGAGAUGUUUUCACAACAGUGUAAGGACAAAGCUGCUGGUGAUGAUGAGGCACAACAAGUAGAUGAAGGGUUCUGUGUGGCUUUGGAGUAUGGUUUACCCCCUACAGGUGGAUGGGGUAUGGGCAUCGACAGAGUGUCCAUGUUUCUCACUGAUUCUAACAACAUCAAGGAAGUCCUUUUCUUUCCUGCCAUGAGACCUGAUGACAAUAAAACAGCUGAUGGUAGUGCAAAUGCAGAUCCUAGUAGUUAAUUUUUUGUUGAGUGCAUAUUAACAUGUGUAGCAUGGAAUAUCUUUUGACAUUAAAUAAUUGUCAACAAUUUAUAAAUUGUUUUCUAUUUCUGUUUUGUUUACUGACCAAGGACAAAAUUAUCAGAGUGGCACCUCAGCCCCAUGAGAAAUUACUGGGCAAAUAUAUUUAGUUACAAAUUAUUUAAUGGAUCUCAACUGACAAGAGAUUCUGAUAUAUCCAACCCUUAAAGAAAUGUUUUUUUUUUCACAAACAUUGAUCUACUUCUGUUCAGUUUCAAUUUCCUUUUUUUCCCACAUCCAGCAACAAGAAUUUCCUUGGAAGUGGCUUCCCUGUGAGGUUCUGACAUCAUAUUAUCCACAGGGAUCCAUAUCUUAAAUAAUCAGUCUUUAUUUCACAAAUUGUAAAAAGAUGGACUCAGAAAUGCAGACAAGUGAAGUCUUAGUAUAUAUUCCAACAUAACCUAGUUAAAACGAUUUUAAAAAAAUUAUACAGAAUUUAGCGAGUUUACACUCAAGUGGCAACCAUCAACAUAAAAUAAUGAGUUUUAAAAUAAGCCUACAUCGAGGUUAAUUGCUAUCGUUUGUACAUUCGAGCUUAUAGCGGGGUGAUCACAAGUUUUCAGGGUGAAUUCAGGAAAUAGGGGACGUUUCCUGCAGAUCUUGUAUUACGAAGUACAAAUGGCAGAAUGACUUAAAUACUUUGCUGUUCUUAAAGUACAAUUUACUUGUACAGUACACUGAGACCCGGCACCAAAAAGACUUUCUCGGAAAAAAACAUCACUUGCUGAAACAAGGUUAAAUUCCCUCGUUUGUCCUGCAGCUUCAAAAACUUCAUCUUGUUCGCUUAAAAUCCAGCUCACGUAGCCUUCUCCAAACUUUGGCUUCUCGGCCUACUUGCUGCUUGUGUACUUUGUCACUGCUUUCGUGCCUUCGCUCACGGCGUGCUUAGCGAGCUCUCCUGGAAGCAAAAGCCUGACCGCAGUCUGAAUUUCUCGCGAGGUUAUCGUGGCUUUCUUGUUGUAAUGGGCAAGGCGAGAUGCUUCUUGCGCGAUCCUUUCGAAAAUAUCAUUGACGAAGGAAUUCAUGAUACCCAUGGCCUUGCUGGAGAUCCCAGUGUCGGGAUGCACUUGCUUGAGCACUUUGUAAAUGUAGAUGGAAUAACUUUCCUUGCGCUUCCUUGACCUUUUGCCACUUCCACCAGGUUUCCCAGCCUUUUUUCCAACUCCUGCCUUUUU